CAUUGAGCUGCUGCGAGCUGCGGCCGUGGGGGAGCGGCCCGACCGAGAGCGCGAGCCGGCCGGGGGUGGGGCCGCGCGCAGGGGCCACCGAAGCUUAGUGGCCACAGCGGCGCGCCAGGCAAGCCCGGCCCCGGCCCCGAGCCCGCGCGCACUGCGGCCGCUGCAGCUCGUCGCGUCCCUCCCGCCGCGCGCGCCCAUGGCGGUCGCGAGUCAGCUGUGCCUGCUCUACCUGUCCGCGGGGCUUCUGGCCCGGCUGGGCGCAGCCUUCAACCUGGACACCCGGGAGGACAACGUGAUCCGGAAAUCGGGGGAUCCCGGGAGCCUCUUCGGCUUCUCGCUCGCCAUGCACUGGCAGCUGCAGCCGGAGGACAAGCGGCUGCUGCUUGUGGGGGCCCCUCGGGCAGAAGCACUUCCACUGCAGAGGGCGAACAGAACAGGGGGUCUGUACAGCUGUGAUAUCACCUCUCGGGGUCCUUGCACGCGGAUUGAGUUUGAUAAUGACGCUGAUCCCAUGUCAGAAAGCAAGGAAGAUCAGUGGAUGGGAGUCACCGUUCAGAGUCAGGGUCCAGGAGGCAAAGUGGUGACAUGCGCGCAUCGCUAUGAAAAGAGGCAACACGUGAACACCAAGCAGGAGUCCAGGGACAUCUUCGGGAGGUGCUACGUCCUGAGUCAGAAUCUCAAGAUCGAGGAUGACAUGGAUGGGGGAGACUGGAGUUUCUGUGAUGGCCGACUGAGAGGCCAUGAAAAAUUCGGCUCUUGUCAGCAAGGGGUAGCCGCUACUUUCACUAAAGACUUCCAUUACAUUGUGUUUGGAGCCCCGGGUACUUACAACUGGAAAGGGAUUGUUCGUGUAGAGCAAAAGAAUAACACUUUUUUUGACAUGAACAUCUUUGAAGAUGGGCCCUAUGAAGUUGGCGGAGAGACUGAACAUGAUGAAAGUCUCGUGCCUGUUCCUGCUAACAGUUACCUAGGCUUUUCAUUGGACUCAGGGAAGGGUAUUGUGUCUAAAGAUGACAUCACUUUUGUGUCUGGUGCUCCACGAGCCAAUCACAGCGGGGCUGUAGUCUUGCUCAAAAGAGACAUGAAGUCCGCACAUCUUCUCCCCGAGUAUAUAUUUGACGGAGAAGGCCUGGCUUCUUCGUUUGGCUAUGACGUGGCGGUGGUGGACCUCAACGCAGAUGGGUGGCAAGAUAUAGUUAUCGGAGCCCCCCAGUAUUUUGACAGGGAUGGUGAAGUUGGGGGUGCAGUGUAUGUCUACAUUAACCAGCAAGGCAGAUGGAAUAACGUGAAGCCAAUUCGUCUUAAUGGGACCAAAGAUUCUAUGUUUGGAAUUUCGGUAAAAAAUAUCGGAGACAUUAAUCAAGAUGGCUAUCCAGAUAUUGCUGUUGGAGCUCCCUAUGAUGAUCUGGGGAAGGUUUUUAUCUAUCACGGAUCCCCAGCUGGCAUAAAUACCAAGCCAACACAGGUUCUCGAGGGCACCACACCUUACUUUGGCUAUUCGAUCGCUGGAAACAUGGACCUGGAUAGGAAUUCCUACCCUGAUGUUGCCGUCGGUUCCCUCUCAGACUCAGUAACGAUAUUCAGAUCCCGGCCAGUGAUUAACAUUCUGAAGACUGUCACAGUGACCCCUAACAGAAUUGACCUGCGCCAGAAGUCCCUGUGUGGGUCACCUAGCGGGAUAUGCCUCAAGGUUAAAGCCUGUUUCGAAUAUACUGCGAAACCCUCUGGUUAUAAUCCUUCAAUAUCGAUUUUGGGUAUACUUGAAGCUGAAAAAGAAAGAAGAAAGUCUGGCUUGUCGUCACGAGUUCAGUUUCGAAACCAAGGUUCUGAGCCAAAGUAUACUCAGGAGCUAACCCUGAACAGGCAGAAGCAGCGGGCGUGCAUGGAGGAGACCCUCUGGCUGCAGGAAAACAUCAGAGACAAGCUGCGCCCCAUCCCCAUUACAGCUUCUGUGGAGAUCCAGGAGCCCAGCUCUCGCCGGCGGGUCAAUUCACUUCCUGAAGUUCUUCCCAUCUUGAAUUCGAAUGAAGCCAAGACCGUCCAGACAGAUGUGCACUUCUUGAAGGAGGGCUGUGGAGACGACAAUGUCUGUAACAGCAACCUUAAGCUGGAGUAUAAAUUCUGUACCCGAGAAGGCAGUCACGACAAAUUCUCUUACCUUCCAAUUCAAAAAGGCAUCCCGGAAUUAGUUCUAAAAGAUCAGAAGGAUAUAGCUCUGGAAAUUACAGUGACCAACGGCCCUUCUGAUCCAAGGAAUCCCAGAAAAGAUGGUGACGACGCUCACGAGGCCAAACUCGUCGCGACGUUCCCUGACACACUCACAUACUCGGCGUACAGAGAACUGAGGGCUUUCCCUGAGAAGCAGCUGAGCUGUGUCGCCAACCAGAAUGGCUCCCAAGCUGACUGUGAGCUCGGUAACCCUUUCAAGAGAAAUUCCAGUGUUACUUUUUACCUGAUUUUAAGUACAACCGAGGUCACCUUUGACACCACAGAUCUGGAUAUUAAUCUGAAGUUGGAAACAACAAGCAAUCAAGAUAAUUUGGCUCCAAUUACAGCAAAAGCAAAAGUGGUUAUUGAACUGCUUUUAUCGGUCUCCGGAGUCGCUAAACCUUCGCAGGUGUAUUUUGGAGGUACAGUUGUCGGUGAGCAGGCUAUGAAAUCUGAAGAUGAAGUAGGAAGCUUAAUAGAGUAUGAAUUCAGGGUGAUUAAUUUAGGUAAACCUCUGAAAAACCUUGGCACAGCGACUCUGAAUAUACAGUGGCCCAAGGAAAUCAACAACGGCAAAUGGUUGCUUUAUCUGGUGAAAGUCGAAUCCAAAGGUUUGGAGCAGAUCAUUUGCGAGCCACACGAUGAAAUAAACUUCCUGAAGCUGAAGGAGUCUCACAACUCAAGAAGGAAACGGGAGAUUUCCGAAAAACAAAUAGAUGACAGCAGGAAGUUUUCUUUAUUUUCUGAACGAAAAUACCAGACCCUCAACUGCAGCGUCAACGUGAGGUGUGUGAACAUCAAGUGUCCGCUGCGCGGGCUGGACAGCAAGGCCUCCCUCGUGCUGCGCUCCAGGCUGUGGAACAGUACAUUUCUAGAGGAAUAUUCCAAGCUGAACUACUUGGACAUUCUCGUGCGGGCCUCCAUCGACGUGACAGCUGCCGCUCAGAAUAUUAAGCUGCCUCAUGCGGGCACACAGGUUCGCGUGACGGUGUUUCCCUCUAAGACUGUAGCUCAGUAUUCGGGCAUAGCUUGGUGGAUCAUCCUCCUGGCUGUCCUUGCUGGGAUUCUGAUGCUGGCUCUGUUAGUGUUUUUACUGUGGAAGUGUGGAUUCUUUAAGCGCUCUAGGUACGAUGACAGCGUCCCCCGAUACCACGCUGUUCGGAUCCGGAAAGAAGAGCGAGAGAUCAAAGACGAAAAACACAAUGAUAACCUCGAAAAGAAACAGUGGAUCACAAAGUGGAAUGAAAAUGAAAGUUACUCAUAGAGACUGAGGAGAGCUUCGCGCUACCCAGAGUCCCUCUUGUUCUUCCCAACUCAGAAAUUCAGGUGGGCCCGAAGGCUGCUCAGCACCUGAAGUACGAUUCCAGACUGACGGCACAUAGUGGGGACCCGCUGUUUCCACUGUGGAUACUGUUACACCUGAGGCUCCUGUUUUGCACAGCCAAAUUUAAGACUUUCAGAGGGGAAUUUUCUUUAACUGCCUUAAUUUAACUUUCCAGAUUGCCUUUGUUUUUGGUGUGACUGACACAUUGCAUGUGCUGGGGCAGGGCCUGCCCACCUGCACUCCUGGGACAUUCUCUCCUGAUAGCCCAGGAAGAAGGAGCCCCCCCACCGUCACCCAUGCGAAUAGAGUGGCCAUCCCGCCCUGCCCCGACAAGCGUCCUCAUAAGAUUGGAGAACCUGCAAGUGACUUGCCCCUUGGCUCAAGACUCUGCCGUUGGAUAGCUUUGUCUCUGUUCAGAGUUCUGUCUUAAAUGUGCAAUAGGAGGUGCUGCUGCCAUCUUGCCUUCUCUUUCCAUUUCCCACAAGUGAGGGUCCUUGCCGAUGCCAACGCACGCAGGUUCCCGCCUCCCUCGUGACUAAGCACAGGCGCGGCAGACUUGAAUGCUAGUUACACUUUUUUAUAUGUAUUUAUUUUUUCUUCAAGCCAUCUUGCUAUUGACUAAUAGGCCAAAGAUGCUUCAGGAUGGUUUAAACAAUCAGAGUGAGAACCUAGGAGGUCAUUUGUUCUGACCUUGAGUAUUUACCGCAAAGAGAACGUUCUUUAUAAACAUGCAAGGAUUGUUUUUAAAAUGACACCAUCUCCUCACUGGCAGGCUCUCCCUCAACCCAGAGAGUUUCCUCCUUGCCCGGCCUUGGGUGUUGCAUGGUGUUGAGCCCUGUGUGGAACUUCUGAACUCCGUGCUGUAACUUUCAGAACUCUGAGAGGAAGUGAGUUUGCUCCUUGAACUCUAGGGUCUGUGUGCUCGCUCACUGCUGUCAGCACUGUGUAUUCAGGACUUGACGCGAGUGCACGUGUGGAUCCAGACCAAUCCAGUGUGAGACUACUGAAGAGCAUCUGUCGCCAAAACAGCCGCACCAGACAGAUGGAGAGCCGUGGCGCUCAGCUUCUUAAAUACAUCGGAACCAUUCAACCAGCGAGUCCCUGUUUAAUUUUUUUAAAAAUUGUUCACCCCAAUCUAAAUUCCUCCAGAUGACUUGUGACUAUUUAACAAGCCCUUUGGGCCUAGAGCAGGAGGGUUAGCUCAUUGCUGAAGUGCUUGCCUAGCAAUGCCUGGGGGUUUUGUUUGUUAAAAUCAUAGGAGGGGGAAACCAGUUAUUUUUCUAUAUAUUCAACAGAGAUUGAAUAUAUUAUCAAAGCUGAUUUUUUAAUUGUACUUUAAAAUAAUUAAGUUAUAUGAAGCAGCAGCAAAGAGGUGCUAAUUUGUUUGGAGAUUGUAAAAAGCAGUUCUCUGUCUUUUUUUAAGACUGGGUCUCAAGUAACCCAGGCUGGCCUUGAGCUCCUUAGGUAGCUAGGAAUAGUCUUGAACUGCUGACCCUCCUGCCUCCCGCCCUGACCCCCCAUCCCCAGGACUGGGAUUACAGGUGUUUGCCACCUUUAUGCAGCGCUUGAGACCGAACCUGGGGCUCUGUGCAUGCUAGGCCAGCGGUCUGCCAACUGAGCUACAUCCCAGCCAUUUCUCAGUCUUUUAAAGAACAAAGCGUUGCUAAAUGUGCCGUUGUUGCUUUGGAGUUUUAAGCCUUUUUUUUUUUUUUCUUUCUUUCAUAAAACAUUAUACCCUUAAGAUAUUAAAAAACUCUUAUUCUGGUUCUACUUUGGCAUUUUCACUCACAAAAUAAUUUUACAAAUGAUACCUUGUUUACAAAUGUUCUCUACCACGGGUCCUAAUGGCAUUUAAAGUCUCAGUUUCUUGCUUGGGUAACUUGAAGCUGAACAUACUGGCUUUGAAGGACACGACGAAGAAGCUGAUAUCUUGAUAGUGUUUGUAGACCUCUGUUAUAGAAAUGAAUGUCCAGAAGAGGGUGGGGAGGGAGCUUGACAACAGAGAAACAAGAAUGUCAUGUUGUUUAAAUUUAUAGUUGUUAAAAAAAAAAAAUGUCAUCUCAAGUCAAGUCACUGGGCUGUUAGCAUUUGGUAGGUUUUUAGACUAACUAGCAUUAUAAGAUUAUUUCAUAAUUGGAAAAUACCUGUGGAUAUUUGUAUAAAAGUGUGAAAUAAAUUUUUUAUGAAAGUGCUCAUGCUUAUUAACCCAGCAUUGUGUAUGUGAAGCAAAUUCUAAAUUAUAAUUGACCACCUGAGUUGCCUUUCUUUGUAUUUUAUCAAAGCCAAAGUAAAAGUUUGC